GUUCCUCCGGACGCGACCUCGGUCCCCGUGGCUCGCAGCUGCUCGGCGACGCGACAGGCCCAGCGUGUGAGCGGCGAGGCGCGCGCUCGCGGGCGCCCGCCCUCUUCCCUCCCCUCCUCCCCGCCAGGAAACGACAGCUGCGCGGGGCUGGCGCCGCCUCCCGCCACCUACCACGUCCGCCCCGCCGUCGCCGUCGCCCGGCGCCCCAGCCCGGCCGCGGCGCUCCCCGCCUCCCCGCUAGCGCAGCCGGCGGCUCUGCCCGGCUGCCGCCCGGCAUGAACAUCAUGGAUUUCAACGUGAAGAAGCUGGCGGCCGACGCGGGCACCUUCCUCAGCCGGGCCGUGCAGUUCACAGAAGAAAAGCUUGGCCAGGCAGAGAAGACAGAACUGGAUGCUCACCUGGAAAACCUACUUAGCAAAGCUGAAUGUACCAAAAUAUGGACAGAAAAAAUAAUGAAACAGACCGAAGUGCUGUUGCAGCCCAAUCCAAAUGCCAGGAUAGAAGAAUUUGUUUAUGAGAAGCUGGAUAGAAAAGCACCAAGUCGAAUAAACAACCCGGAACUUUUGGGACAAUAUAUGAUUGAUGCAGGAACGGAGUUUGGCCCAGGGACGGCUUAUGGAAAUGCCCUUAUUAAAUGUGGAGAAACACAGAAGCGAAUUGGAACAGCUGACCGAGAGCUGAUUCAAACAUCAGCCUUAAAUUUCCUCACUCCUUUAAGAAACUUUAUAGAAGGGGAUUAUAAAACAAUCGCAAAAGAAAGAAAACUAUUACAGAAUAAGAGACUGGAUUUGGAUGCUGCAAAAACAAGACUAAAAAAGGCAAAAGCUGCAGAAACUAAAAGUUCAUCUGAACAGGAAUUGAGAAUAACUCAAAGUGAAUUUGAUCGUCAGGCAGAGAUUACCCGACUCCUGCUGGAGGGAAUCAGCAGUACACACGCCCAUCAUCUCCGCUGUCUGAAUGACUUUGUAGAAGCCCAGAUGACUUACUAUGCACAGUGUUACCAGUAUAUGUUAGACCUACAGAAACAACUGGGAAGUUUUCCAUCCAAUUAUCUUUCUAACAACAAUCAGACCUCUGGGACACCAGUGCCAUAUGCUUUGUCAAAUGCAAUUGGUCCUUCUGCCCAGGCUUCAACGGGUAGCCUUGUAAUCACCUGCCCUUCUAACCUCAAUGACCUUAAAGAAUCCAGCAGCAACAGGAAGGCCAGGGUCCUCUAUGAUUAUGAUGCUGCCAAUAGCACUGAACUGUCACUCCUGGCAGAUGAGGUAAUCACUGUGUUCAGUGUCGUUGGAAUGGACUCCGACUGGCUAAUGGGAGAGAGAGGAAAUCAAAAGGGCAAGUAAUAUGCAGACUGACGGCCCGGCCUCGCUGGUGUGAAGCAUGCGGUCGUUCUGAGACAGCUCCCUGGCCAGCAGUGCACCACUGGAGAAUGUCUUAGAAAUACAAACUCUCUGAUCCCCGCAGAAUCAGGAAAUCCAGAGGUGGAGUACAGCAGCAUGGGUUUUACAAACCCUCAGGGAAGAUGAUGUGUGUAGAACCUGGUGGGCCACAGUUGUGCAAAUUAAAAGAAUUCAUGCAACUUGCACAUCAUAAAUAUAUGUUAAUCAUUUCUAAGUAACACUAUUAGCAUCUCUAAAGUGCUGAAAUGGACCAUUCACAAGGAAAAUUCUAUAUGCCCCUUUCAUAACUGCCAAUUUGACAGCCAAAAGCUUGGGGUUAAGAUUUCUGAUGAGCAUAGGAAGCACACAUCCCAAUGCUCUCACCAUAGAUAUAAUGGCAGUAUUUACAAAAAAAAAUUAAGUCAUUGAGAUGAUCUCAGUGUUCUAUUGCUGUGAAGAUACACCAUGACCAAGGCAGCUCUUAUGAAGGAAAGCAUUUAAUUGGAGCUAGCUUACAUUCAGAAGUUUAGUCCAUUUUUGUUCUGGUUAAACAUGGCAGCACACAAGUAGACAUGGUGAGAAUUCUACAUUGCGAUUGGCAGGCAGUAGGAAAAGAAACACUGGGCCUGGCUUGAGCAUCUGAAACCCCAAAGCCCAGCCCCAGUAACAAACUUCCUCCAACAAGGCCGCACCUCCUAAUUCCUGUCACGUAGUACCACUCCCUCAUGAGCAAGUGUUCAAAUAUAUGAGUCUGCAAGGGCCAGUCCUAUUCAAAACACCACAGAGAUCUGUCUAUAAAAUCAUCUCACUUCCUAAAAAGAGAACUAUUAGAAGAGGGGUGAGACUUAGCUCAGAAAACAGUCCAGAUCUGCUUCUACAUGGGGAAAAACCAAGUGGGAGAGUUUGAGCUUCAAAGUGCUAAAUCAUAGCUCGGAAACGUGAUCAGGUUAGCUUGGAAUUGCUCAAAGCACACAUAAUGGCAUGGUGUGUUCUAAAGAAAUCUCAUUAUACGUGCAUAACAGGACUACCUGUACCCCAUGAACCUUCCUAACAAAUUUCAUUUCAUAGUGGAACCCUGGAAAACUAAAUGAAUUUACCUUCAACACAGGGUGUUUGGAUAUAAACAUGUUACAUGCAGGAUACUAAAAUGAUGGUGAGUUUAGAACACUUUCUCAUAGCCCAUUCUUUUAGAGAGCACUACACAGCAAGUCCCGCAGAAAUUAAAUAUGUGGUUCAUACGGCAAAUUAUUCACGUAAGCUCAUAGGCCCUAGGAUUCCUCACUGAUAAAAGGAAAAUAUUAGAAAUCAGAUCACAAACAUCUUUCACGCUCUUGUUUCCCAACAGACUUGAGAAAAGCCCAAGUUUUUCAAGUUUUAAUAAUAACAAAACUAAACCA